AUGUUGUUGAGGAAACCUACUAGAACAAAGACAAAAUCCUUUCUAGGAAGCCAAAUGGAUUUCCAAUUUCCAAGCCAAGAAUCUGUUGCAGGCUGUGAUCUCGAUACUUACCAUUUGUCUAAUCACCAUCUUCUGAAUGACACAAUGACUAAAAAGAACGACGAGGAUGCAUCUUCACAGAUCCUCUCCGAUUACACAAACUCGAAUUCUGGAAACUCUUCCAACGCUAUAGAUAGCGGUUAUUACUCCUUUGCAAACAUUUCUGAUAACACCACCUCCAAAAGAACCGACCAUAGUAACGGUAUUUCAAUGGCAUCAUCUUGGACCUCUGGCUCGCAAGCAAACAAAAAAUACCCCGCCACUUUAGCACCCCCCAUGGUUACGUCUGGUUCGCCUAUAAUAGAGACUCACAGCUCGAGAAAAUCUAUCGACAAAAGCCACAGCGCAUUUCAAUCCAUAUCUACUGGCAUCGGCACUAUUCCCACGGCGGACAACAUUUCGUUUCAAAUAAGCUUCCACUCACAAUCAGGAAGUACCACUCAGAGUGGCAUCAAAAAAUCCCCAACGUGCCAGCGCAACUUGUCGAUAAAUAGCAAGCCUGUUUGGAGGUCAUCCUCUCGAAGCGCAUCCAUCGCAUCCGCGAGCCGCACAGUACCGCCAAGGCGUAAGUCAAAUUUGAAAAGAUCAAAGGCAGUAAAAUGUAAAGGCGGACUUCUGGAAUUUUUCUCGAGGCUGGGUCUAAGGGUUAGAUCAAAGAUUCAACGUUGGCGGCUGGCGGCCAGAAAGAGAUUAUUUGCUUAUCGGAAAAGACAUAAUACCAGAAAGGACAAGAAGCAAAUCACUUCACAUCUCAAGAGGGCAAAUGGGUAUGUGUCAAAUAUUCAAAGAUCCAUGUCUACUGCUUCGUUACACGACCUAAUAUGUCAUGACGGCGACGUACUAUCUCAACAUUUGUCGAGCUCCAGAAUCACGUCCACAUCCCCAGGGUCUGUUAAGCAGAGCCCAGUCGCUUCUAACCCCGCGAAAACAAACAGAAAUUCUCUCAGACGCUCACCUUCUUCCAUCAAGAGAGCAGCUUCAAACUUAACGAGAGCAAACUCUAUGGUUGCUCGUAGCACUUCUAUGCUAAGCAACAAAAGUUCCGAAGUCCAAAAUUCCCCAUCAUCUAAUUUGGUAAGAUCACAACCUUCAAUGUCUUUGCACGCUAUUGUAAGACAACCAUCCAUCGUUGUGAACAACAAAGUGAUACCAUUAUCAAAUUUGAAUGGUGAUGGUCAUGAGUUUUCAAUUAAAGAAGAGGACGAGGACGAAUAUGUGAUAGACACCGACUGUAUGAGACCUACUGACGAUAACGAAAGUGAAAAGAGUAGUUUGAAUGGAAGUCUAAAUGAAGACCAAUUCGAAGAUGCAGACGAUUUUUACGGAUCUGAAGAGAUCUUGCGGCAAGAAAAAGUAAACAAUGCCAUUCAAGCAUGGAACCAUUAUUUGCGUUCCAUUAUCGCUAAACGGAUUGCUAUGAGAUUGCAAGUGGCCAAAUAUCAAGAAGAAUUCAAUGACGACGAUUGUCAGGAACUCAUGGAUGCGAUCAUAUCGGACUAUGAGGCCAACACGUCAAGUAUUUAUGACUCAGAUGUCAAAAAUGCAUCCACUUCAGCUACAUCUGUCAGUUAUGAAGAUUACGACGACGUUUCCUUUAAUUUACCAACCCUAUCUUCUCCACGCAAUAAUGCACAACUCUUUGCAACUAGCAACAGUAGCGUAUUAUCAGUGCCAAAUAUCCAAGACGCUAUUCAAGGAAGCGUAAAACGAUCUCUAACUUUGCCAGUAGGGAUCAAGGUGUAA